AGGAGGAGGCGGCCGCCCGCGCUGCAGGGCCAGGCCCAGGAACCGGCCAGGAAGAGAAUAUCUCGACGUCGGAAAAGCAGUCUCAAGCCAGUAGCCUUUGAGCAAUGCUCUCAAAGAGCCCCAAAUAAACAAAACCUGGAACUAACCCUGUCUGCGGCUGAGGGCGCCUCCUCAUCUCAACGUGUGACAAGGUCGCAGUCCGCAGCGCUUGCCAAGUGCUCCGGAGCCCCCGUGGAGAAGCCCUCUGCGCAGCCGGCCAAAGGAAAGGUGGUUCUGGUGGAAAUCGGAGUCAACGAGCGCCUCAGUGCUGAGUUACUCCUGCAGAAGAGAGCGUCUAAGCCGGGUGAGGAGGUCUCCACAACCGUCCUCCUGAGCCCCGGGGAUGCUUCUCCCCAGGACAGCAGCGCUGCAGAACCGCAGCCUGAGCUUGGAGCUUCCCUUCUGGCAGCUCCUCACACCCCUAAAGCAAAAGACAUAGGAGAAAGCAGCGGUGCUCUUAAUUUUAAGCCAAACACAACAAGCGCAGCUAACGUCACGGUCAUUAUAACCGAAGAGCCUAAGGAGCAGGAGGCAGAUGUUCCUGCUCAGGCACCGGAGCCUAAGGAGGACUCUGGGAAACAGCUUUCCCAGUCCAUAAUUGAGAGCCCGGGGACUCCGACAGGAUCCAGAGUCGGCCGUCGCUCCGUGCGCAGAAGCCUCAUGGGGAGACCUUCCACGAUCCGCAGGACCUCCCUGGCAGAGAAAUACUCGCUAGGCAGCAAAAGGCAAAGUGUGAUCCGGAAAUCCCUCGGCAGGGCAGCGGCCAAGAGGAGGACGUUUCAAAAGUCCUCCGCGUCCUCCGGUCCUGGGAACUGUCUUAGCAAUGGAGAGGUGCCAGGGGAGGAAGAAACAGCUGUCAAAACUGGGCCACAUUCUGGACUUUGCACCCCCUCUAAGCUGGAUGUCCAAAGUCCACGGAUGUCCCUACGUACACGGACCCUCAACAGGGACGAGCAGUCACAGGAGAUGAGCAACACAGAAAGCAACUUAAAUAAGAAUGGGGAAACCCAGGACCCGCCCCAAAGUGCCAGGAGAAAGCAAAGCUACAAAAGAGCUGUGGAUCACCGCUAUGACUACCAGCAAGAGGAAGAUGGAGGACUUUCUCCUCCAAGAAGAAAGACCCCAUCCCCUCUCUGUCCGGCCAGCAAAGUGGUACGUCCUUUCAAAACGUUUUUGCACACUGUGCAGAAGAAUCAGCUCCUCAUGACCCCAAGUUCUGUGGGGAGAAGUGGUGUAAUUAAAUCUUUUAUCAGGCACAACACCCCUCUUCAAACUGAUCCUAAGGAAAAGGAGAGGCAGAAACUAGAGACUCUGAGGAAAAAGCAAGAGGCCGAGCAGCUGAGGAAGCAGAAAUUGGAGGAAGAAAAAAGAAGGCGACUAGAAGAGGCAAAGCUGAAGCGUGAGGAGCGUCUCCGCAAAGUGCUGCAGGCUCGGGAGCGCGCGGGGCAGAUCGAGGAGGAGCGGAAGCGGCGCAUCGAGCAGAAGAUCGCGCUCUUCGAUGAGAAGACUGAGAAGGUGCGGGAAGAAAGGUUGGCAGAAGAGAAGAUCAAAAAGAAAGCGGCUGCCAAGAAAAUGGAAGAGGCAGAGGCCCGGCGCCGGCAGGAGGAAGAGGCCAGGAAACAGCGAGCGCUGCAGCAGGAGGAGGGGGAGCGUCGGCACAGAGAGCUAAUGCAGAAGAAAAAGGAAGAGGAGCAGGAACGUGCGAGGAAGAUCGCCGAGCAGAGACAGGCAGAACAGGAGCGGGAGAAGCAGCUGGCUGCAGAGAGAGAGCAGGAGCGGAAGAAGGAACAGGAGAGGAUCCAGGCAGAGAAGCAACGUGAAGAGCAGGAGAAGGCUGCUCGCCUAAAGAAGGAGCUGCUGGCUGCUAAAGAACAGCUCCACAGAGAGGUGGAGAAGGAGCAGGAGCAGCACAGGCUAGCAGAGGUGAAGAGGCAGGAGCAAGAAGAGAAGACACUGCCAGAGGAGCAAAAGGCUAAAGAGGGUGCCCAAACACAGCACCUAGAAAAGAAAGAGGCUUCUCCUGUGUGCAGUUCCUAUGAGAUGACCCCCCAGGGCUUGAAAGGUCCUAAACCCCCCAAGAUAAAUCCCAAUAACUACGGCAUGGAUCUGAACAGUGACGACUCCACGGAUGAUGAGAGCCAGCCCCGAAAGCCCAUUCCUGCCUGGGCUACUGGGGAUCAGCUUACCCAAGCCGUAAUCCGGCAGUACUACAACCCGCCCGAUGUGGACGCGCUGUUUGGGAUCAUCACCAACCCCAAGCUGGAGGACAUCUUCAACAAAAGCAAGCCCCGCUACUUCAAGCGCACGAGCUCCGCCGUCUGGAACUCACCACCGCUCGCAGGGGCCAAAUCAGUCCUAGGGCUGCCCUACGGCCUGAAAAAGUAG